AUGGAGGCCGAGCUCAAACACCGCCAUGUCGGCAAGACAAAUGGAGCCCCCGUCCCCGCGGCCCAGAUGCCGACGAAAGAAGAUGUUCUCACCGAGGUCCAUCCGCACCCUUCCGGCGAGAUCAAGCAUAGUCGAUACGUCCAAUGGUUCCGCGGAGUGACCUUGGUACUCUUCCUUGGGCUGUCCUGCGUUGCGAUCUUCUUGACGCAGCUUAUCGGCUCGCCGUUGUAUCUCUAUGACCAGGAUAUGUUCUACGCGUAUAUGGCCCUGACCAAGCAGUCCUUUGCACUCGUGACCAUGUCCAUCACUCAAUGGUGGGGCCCCACUGUUGUCCGCAUCAGCGGCGAUACCUCUGUCGCUGGUCAGAUCCACCUCACCAAGGAUGGAAGGGUCGAGUUCAGCUUCCCGGAGCGCAUAGUUCUAGUCGCGAACCAUCAAAUUUACACGGAUUGGCUCUACCUUUGGUGGGUUGGGUACGCCAACAGCCCCCAGAUGCACGGCUACAUAUACAUCAUUCUCAAAGAGUCGCUCAAGCAUAUCCCCAUCCUGGGCCAUGGUAUGAUGUUUUACGGCUUCAUCUUCAUGUCCCGCAAGAUGGCAGUCGAUCAGCCUCGUCUCGCCCACCGCCUGCAGAAGCUCAAGCAGGAACACACCGCCCCAGAUGGCAGCAAGUACCUCAACCCCAUGUGGCUUCUACUUUUCCCGGAAGGCACCACAGUCACCAAGAACGGCCGGUCCAAGUCUGCUAAGUGGUCCGAGAAGACGGGCUACAAGGACCCGGAACACGUACUGUUGCCCCGCAGCACUGGCACCUUGUUCUGCUUGAGGGAGCUCAAAGGAACGGUAGACUACGUGUAUGAUUGCACUGUUGCGUAUGAGGGUAUCCCCCGCGGCCAAUAUGGUGAGGACUACUUUGGCCUCGCAACUACCUACUUGCAAGGCCGUCCACCCCCAUCCGUUAACUUCUACUGGCGCCGAUGGCGUGUCGACGACAUUCCUCUCGAGGACGCUGCUGAGUUCGAUGAGUGGCUCCGCGCCCGCUGGUAUGAGAAGGACGCUUUGAUGGAAGGGUAUCUCCAGACCGGCCGGUUCCCCGUUCUACCGAUGACAUUGGCACGGAAGGCUAUGUCGAAACAGCCCUUUCUCUGGGGCCUUCUAAUUGCCGCUAGGGUGAGCUUCGUGGAAGUCAAGGAGGGGGCGUCCGCCUAA